ACUGGCCUGAUUGACGGGGCGGCCUCAGGAGACCAGUCUGAGGGGAUUGGCCUGACGGGACCGGCCUGACGGGGACCGUCCUGAGGGAAAAGGCUAAGGGAGCGGCCUGGAGGGGACCGGCCUGAGGGGACCAGCCUGACGGGGCGGCCUGAGGGCGACUCCAUGGAGCUUCCUCUGCUCUUUCUACUGCCGGUUUUCUUCCUGUGGACAGCAGCGCGGGCAGGGCCCCAGGCGGGCACCUGGUCGUGGCCGGGCAGUCCUGCCCCGGGCCUGGAUCCUGCCCCACCAACAGGGACCCCAGGCCCCUCAAUGGCCGCCGGCUCUCCCUCCUCCUCGUCGUCCUCCCCGUCGUCCUCCCCCGAGCCUGUGGGCCUGAGCCACGCCAAGGCCGCCACCGCCAUCACCCCGCCGCCACCUCCGGCCAGUCCGACCACCGGAGGGGCCUUCCCGGCUUUACCCAUCUGUAUCUGUGACCUUUCACCGGACACUUGUGACCUAAACUGCUGCUGUGACAGAGACUGCUACCUUUCCUCUCCCAGGACAGUUUUCUCCUUCUGUCUUCCUGGAAGUACCAGGGCUAAGAGUUGGGUUUGUGUGGAGAAUUCACUCAUAUUCCGUAGUAAUUCCCCAUUUUCCUCAAGAGUAAACUUGGAGCCAGAUGGGCUUGGGGAGUUCUGUGUUGAGGUGAAUAACUCAAAGCUGAACUAUUUUCAGCAGCUUCAAAAAGUCAAUGCGAGCAACAUCGCCAGCCUCUCAACCAAGUACGGAGGACCGUCCAUCAUCUCGCCACCCCCGACCCAGUCACCUUCCUCUGCCUUUUAUAAGGCUGGCGAUCCCAUUCUGACAUACUUCCCCAGGUGGUCUCUACUGAGCAUGCUAAGGCAACCAGCGGGAAUUGGCGGGCUGUGUGCUGAUGGGAAUCCUGCAGGCUUUCUGGAAAGUAAAAACACAUCCUGCACCCGGAUCUUCCCCAGUGUGGCAAAGAGCUGCACCAAGGACCCUGCGCUCCGCGCUUCCUCUUACAAUGACUUCACAAUCUUGAAGGUCCCAAGCGGUUUGGCUGAUCUGCAGAACAUGCAGGUACCUAUUGCCUCGGCCUCCCAGCCAGCACCUCCGCUUUUGAAAGGAAAUAUCUGCCAUAACGUAGUUUCUCAGGUCAUCUAUGAAAUAGAGACCAAUGGGACCUUUGGGAUCCAGAAGGUUUCUGUCCGUCUGGUCCAGACUAACCUGUCCGGGACCCCGGGAGCUUCUCUGCAACAGCACUUCACUCUGCUCUUCCGGCCCUUUAAGCAGAGUACGGCUGCUUCGCUCGCCCUUCCAAGAAGUGGAAAUCCUGGCUAUAUUGUAGGGAUGCCGCUGCUGGCUUUGACGGGAGGUACCCGCCACUCUGUGAGUAUCUUACAGAGCCAGGGGGAUGGAAGCUGCUCAGAGCUCAGGCACCAAGUUCAGUUCGGGGUGAACGUGCUAUCUGGUUGCAAGCUCAGAAUAGAGGAGAGAGACUGCAGCCAAGUGCAGAGCAAGCUGUAUACAUCCCUGCAAGGAGUCCCCAGCCCGGACCGCCUGGCCAUUUUCGGGAAUGCUGAGCUGACGCAGAAAGGAGAGUGGACCAGAGUCCUCACCAGAAACUGUGGCACUCUGGAUAAGAGCUGUUCCAUUCCCGUUUCCCUGGAGAUCCAAGUACUGUGGGCUCACGUAGGUCUCCUGUCCAACCCUCAAGCCCAAGUGCUGGGAGCGCGGUACCUCUACAAGUGCCAGUCCAGAAAUUUAUCCGUUCAAGUGACUGAGGUAUCUUUGUCAACCUUCGUGACCUUCACUGACAUCACACAGAGGCCAGAGGCUCCACGCGGCCAACCGAAGAAGGAAUGGAAACUGCCGUUCGACUUCUUCUUUCCCUUCAAAGCCGCGUUCAGCAGAGGGGCGGACUCUUCGAAAGACCUGCUCACGCCCUGUGUCCUAUCCUGUUUGUUGUUCCACUGCGUUCUCGGCCUGGAGGUGAAAUGAAGGAAGCGGAAGAAUCAGAUCCUGAAAGUCCUCAAAAUGGGAAUGGUGAUGCGGUGACUUGCUCCAUCAGGGGAUUCAUUCAAAUGCCUUCCUAGAGUUGAACGAAGGGAAGGGCUUGAGGCAGUCGAGCGCAAAAGGAAAGGAGUCACUGGACAUGAAACAGUGGGGAUUUUUGAGGAAAUAGGUGCGGGCGAAAAUGUUCUCCAGCUUCUCCUUCAGGUCUGGUAAGGGGCUGCCAGUGUGCCUUCCUGAGUGCAGAGGGGAGAAAAGUGCCCAUCCUCCUUUUCUUGCGCUCGCCAUCUGAACCAGAUCUGCAGCUGACUUUAUACGCCAACCGUUGUUCCCUGUGAAUUCGGUAGCAUUCCUUCUUCAGAGUAAAAACAAGUCCAA